CUCAGCUCAGAGCAGAACAAAAUAAUCCAGAAUGACCAUCGGCGUAGGCCAACUUGUCUGUGUCACUGGCGCUUCCGGUUACAUCGCUUCCUGGCUCGUCAAGUUUCUUCUCGAACGCGGCUACACUGUUAAUGCCACCGUUCGCGACCCAAGUGAUCCCAGGAAGGUAGAUCACUUGCUUAGCCUUGACGGUGCGAAGGAGAGACUGCAUCUUUUCAAGGCGAAUCUUCUAGAAGAAGGUUCCUUUGACUCUGCCGUUCAAGGUUGUCACGGUGUGUUCCACACUGCUUCUCCCUUUUUUCUGAGUUCGAAGGACCCGCAGGGUGAGUUGUUGGAUCCAGCUUUAAAGGGGACAAUGAACGUUCUGAAAUCGUGUGUGAAGUCCGGAACACUGAAACGUGUGGUCUUAACUUCUUCUAUUGCUGCAGUUGCGUACAACGGAAAACCUCAAACCCCUGAUGUAGUGGUUGACGAGACCUGGUUUUCCGACGCAGAUUUCUGUAGGAGAAAUGGGAAAUGGUAUAACCUUUCAAAGACUUUGGCUGAAGAAAUUGCAUGGAAAUUUACAAAAGAAAACAACAUUGACUUGGUUACAAUAAAUCCAGCCAUGGUUAUUGGACCUCUCUUGCAACCAGAGCUUAACACCAGUGCUGCAGCAGUUUUAAAUUUUGUUAAUGGUGCUGAAACAUUUAGAAAUGUUAUUUCGGGAUGGGUAGAUGUGAAAGAUGUUGCAAAUGCUCAUAUUCUAGCAUAUGAGAAUGCUUCAGCUAAUGGAAGAUAUUGUCUAGUUGGAAGGGUGACACACAACUCAGUGAUUGUGAAGAUGUUACGUGAUUUGUUCCCAACAUUGCAACUUCCAGAGAAGUGUGCAGAUGAGAAGCUAUAUGUGCCAAUAUAUCAGGUUUCGAAGAAAAAAGCAAAGAACUUGGGGAUUAAAUUUACUCCAUUGGAAGUGAGCCUCAAGGAGACUGUGGAAAGCUUGAAGGAAAAGAAGCUCAUCAAAUUUUAAGUUGUUACCCUUCAAAACGUCGAAACCUUCUUUAGUUGUUGACUCAUCUUCUUAUGUUCACGCUCAUGAAUAAACUUACUAUAAACUAAGACUUCAUUAGGCCGAAAUAAAUUAUUCUUGGUGUGUUUGUACUAUUGAUAAUUAAGUUUCAA